CAGCCGGCUCCACCAAUCAGAUGCCGGUAAACAGCAAACCGCGCCAGCGCGUCAUCACGCGUGGCGCUUAAACAGUAUUGUCUUGAGAAGAGCACACAAGUUUAUUUUAAGUUUCUUUUCUAUAGAGUUGCGCUUUACAGUACGCGUCGACGAACUCGAAAGCGACGCUGAAACUGAGCAGUUCGAGUUGACGAUAUGUUAUACCACUGAGUGCUCGGUGGGCGCCCCGUUGGUGUUUAAGUUGUCAAGGCAUCACUUGCUAGCGACAGCAGCUACUCCUCUCUAAAGUUGUCCCACCAUGGCGGCGGUGGCGGCGGCGGCUGCUACUUGUCAACCACGACGUGCCUUGGAAGAAAUACCCACUCCACAGCCCAAAAUUGAAGCUCGGAUGAGGAGGUCCUACCUCGACAUCUUAAAUUCGCGUUCGCCUCCGUCGCCAAUUCCAAGGGCCAAAAUCAUGUCCACGUCUAACGCCAUGCCGACGCAGUCACUGGAUUUUUCCACUGAUGGCGAAUGGCGUGGAAACGUGAAGCCGUGUAAAAAGAUGGACGAAAGUUAUGCACCGAUGUCAGAACACCAGCUCGUCCAGCUUAUCAGGUCCCUCAUCUUGGUUGAGCAGAGCCAAGAACGCAUACGCCUGACCUCAGGCCUGAGGUAUCUUCAAGAGGAUUUACAACUCAAGAAGGCCAAUGUGUACAGGUCCAUUCCAUAUUCCCGCUUUGGCUCCAACAGGGAUGCUCACUGCUACAGAAAGGCAUACCCCCACCUAGUGGUGUUCAAAGUUACAUGCCAGCAGUGGGGCCAAGUUCUUCUGCAGAACAAAGAGUGGGAUGCUGUGUUGGAACACACCCUCUUGGCAUGGCAGUAUACCAGCGAACUGCCACAAUGGGACAUGGCAAGCCACAACGCUCUGCGAGAGCAGUGCUACAGUGUUAUGGCAGCGCACAGCCUCACUGCGCUCCAGCAACACUGCCUGACACCAAGUCGAGGACAUGAGCUGCUAAGAAGGAUGAAGAUGGCACAACUGCACAGCCAGUCAAUUGUACCUUGUAUUCAUGAGCUGCAGAGGAUUGUGGGAUGUGAUGACAAUUCCAUGGAUUUAAAAUGACUUGAAGACUGGCUGAAUGCCGCAGCGAUUUUUCUUCCCCCCCCCCCCCCCCCCUUUUUCUCCUGGCCUAAAAUGAUUUUGUUGCCAAAUGUAGAUGGAGUAUAGUUUACAACAAUACGACAUCACUGUUAAAUAUUUGGGCAGUUGUUAAAGGGUGAAAACUACCCUGACAUUCCUGAUUCAAUAGCUUUCCCAUUUUCUUUUGGCUGCAAUGUACCAUAAUGUAACAUUUGCAUGCUUUUAUGACAUUGCAUUGACCAUGUUAGAAAUACAGUGGAGUCAUUUUUGUGUAAAUCGACAUGUUUGUCUUGAUUAGGUACAUUUGUUUUGUUACUGUUUGCACUGUUGCUAUUCAACCUGAAAACUUGAAAAAUAAGAGUAUUUAAAUAAAAUAAUUUUCUACUGCGAA